GUCUUGUAUUGCAAAUCUGCAUUCAUCAUCUCCUUCUCCUUCUACCUACGAGAGAAGCUCUGUGCCUGGUUAAGGAAACUAAGAUGGCAGUAGAGCCUGUGCUUACUUUUGCGGCCGAGGGAAUACUGACAAAGCUGACUGACCUUGCUGCUCACGAAAUCAGUCUUGCCUGGGGAUUCAAAGCUGAACUAAAGCGGCUUCGCAAAACACUGUCCACCAUUGAAGGUUACUUAGCCGACGUUGCCCAGGGACCACAAGGUCGGAGCAAGUCCGUAGAAGAUUGGGUGACGAAUCUUCAACGCCUAGCUCAAGAUGCAGAUGAUGUCUUGGAUGAAUUCAACUAUGAACUUCUCCGGCGCAAAGUAGAAAUCCGAAAUCAUAUGAAGAAAAAGGUACUCAACUUCUUUUCACUCUCCAAUCCGGUUGCAUUCCGCCUUAAAAUUGCACAUAAAAUUCAGAAGAUCAAUGCAUCCUUGGUGGAUCUCAAGAGCGAGGCUCCUGUCAUUGGACUAGUUUCCAAGAAAAUAGAUGCAGCCCCUCAAGGAAUUACAGGACGCAUACAAACCGACUCAUUUCCUGAAAAAGAUGGAAUCAUCGUUGGCAGGGAGGAGGUUGUGUCAAACAUAGUUACAACCUUGACCAACUCCAACAUCAAUCAAGAAAAUCUUGCUGUUAUGACCAUUGUGGGAAUGGCCGGCCUAGGAAAGACAACUUUGGCCAAUAUGGGUGUGCGUAUCUGA